AAUUUCCAAGCUUGAGAUGUCUCUGUUUUCUUCUUCAACGCCCUUACGCCUCAUUCCCUUCUUCUUCAUAUCUCUCUCUCGUCCCAUUAUAUUUCUUCUUUUCCUCCGCCCAGCCUCACACGAUCUUUCUUCUUCGUACCUUCUCUUUAAUCUCGUUCACUGUCUCCCUGAUUUCUCGCCGCGCUUCAUUGGAGCACAACAAAGAGGUGAUCAGCAUUUAAAGCACUGAAACUUCAAUUUCUUGUAAGUGAUCUCAAUGAAUGUAUGAAUGAACGAAUUUAUCGACUUGUUAGGUGAGAAAAAGUUGAGGUUAUAAUCGCUUUGUGAGUUUCAUUGGAAUUCCUGGUCAUGGAAUUGCAAUUGGUUGAAAAGGGUUUUGAUUAUGCCCGUAAAAGAAAAAAGUGGCUCUUUCUGCUUGCUGCUGUUGGAUUCACUGGAUACGGUGCUUUCAAAAUUUAUCACUUGCCUUCAGUCACUCGCAAGAGGAAGAGACUUUUAAAGCUUUUGGGAGCAUUGAUAUCCGUUUCUGAAGCAGUCUCCGAAUCUGCAGAAGCUGUCGGGCUCGUCUCCAGAGAUAUGAAAGAGUUUUUGCAGUCUAAUUCCGAUCAAUUGCCUAAUAGCUUGAAGCAAAUUUCCAAAAUAACUCGGUCUCGUGAGUUUUCAGAUUCUUUGAUCAACGUUACACAGUCAUUAACUCUUGGUGUUUUGAAAAGUUAUCAAUCUUUGAAUAACGCCGAUCAUAAUCAAACCAGCGAUAGUUCAAGUCUUGUGGAUAGGUUGGUGGAUAAACUGUUUGCCCCGGCUGGGUCAGGCUUUGUUUCUGUAGUUGUUGGAAGCUUUGCUCGGAACCUAGUCCUCGGUUUCUAUUCAAAUGGGAAUCCAAGUGGAGAAUCAAAUUCAAGUUCAAGCAAUACGGUUAGUGUCAGACACCUUAGCUCCUCCAAUAUGGAAUCUGAAUCUAUGCCGGGAUGGAUGGAUGCGGUUUGCUGUGAUCAGUGCAGAGACCUAAUCGGGAAUUGCGUCCAACUAUUUGUGAGUACAGCAGUUACAGUUUAUCUUGACAAGACUAUGCAUAUCAACACAUAUGAUGAUUUCUUCUCUGGCUUAACUAACCCAAAGCAUGAGAGUAAAGUGAGAGACAUGGUAGUGUCUGUUUGUAAUAAUGCCAUAGAGACACUCGUCAAGACAUCUCACCAGGUGCUAACAAGUUCAGACCCAAAUGUCAAUUCAAGUUCAACUACUUCUUUGCCGAUUGAAGAAGGUUCGAGUCCAGCUAGAAAUGAGAAUUUGGAUGAAGAAUCAUCAUCUGAUGAAUUAAAAGCAGAAGUUUCAGAAGAAGAAAAAGAGAGUGGAUGGAUGGGCAAGGUAUCAUCUACAUUGGCAGUUCCCAGCAAUAGGAGGCUUAUUCUUGAUGUGACUGGGAAGGUGACAUUUGAGACGGUUAGAUCUUUCAUGGAGUUUGUGUUAGAGAUGUUCUGUGCUUGUGUCAAAAGAUUUGCAGACGUUGUGCAUGAAACAAUAGUAGAGAUUGUGAGAUAUGUAGCAGCCAAAUCUGCAGUUAUAAUUACAAUAUGUCUGUCUUUGUGCCUGCACAUAAUGGGUGGCGCUUGGGCUUUGGUUCCUGCUUAAGUAUUCAUUCAUGUGGAUUCUAAUGGAAAUCUGGACUCUGCUGAUGCAUGGAAGAUGCUGCAACAUACAUGAUUUCUUUGUAUGUCAAAGAAAUAAUUGUCAAUUUUAUUUCAGGGAAAGAUUUCACAAUGAAGAUAAAUGUGAAGAGUCCUGUAAAUUGUAUCGACAAUCUUUCCUCUGCAUCCGAGAGACUAGUCAACUUUUCCAUAACUUCAUUAUCGAAAAGUUGUCAUCUAUUCAUCCUGCAGUCUUACUUGUUUGAUGGUGUAAUGACUAGUACCCGUUCUUGAAUCUGUAAAUACAUAAUUCCUUAUAUAUAAUUCAUUAAGUCUUACUUUUUUAAA